AUGCGCGAGCUGACUGCAAACGCACUGGUGGCUAUCUAUGAGCUCCUCGAGAUGAACAAGCUCCGCACCAUCGACUUCAUCCGACUCAUCGAUCGAGAUAGCGACGCCCAGCUCACGCCCGCGGAGCUCCGAACAGGACUCUUCAAGCUGGGCUACGAGAUCAGCGGCGAAGAGCUGGAGGCCCUCAGCGAGCUUCUAGAUGCGGAUGGUAGUGGCUCCAUCAGCGUGAAGGAGCUCGACCGACGUGUCAAGAAGGCGGCGCUGGAUGCCCUGGAGGCGGCUGCGCAGCGCGUGAUGCGGGCCGACAGUCCCCAGGACAUGUCCAUCAGCGACGUGCUGCAGCAGGUCAACGUGGCCUUGCAAUCGGGCAAGCUCUCGGUGUAUGGGCGGAAGAUCCACGAUGCUCACAGCUUCUUCAAGGCCAUCGACAAGGAUCUGCGUUUGCAGCUGUUCCUCUCAAGCCAACUCUCCAUCCCAUUCUGCUACCAAACUUGCUGGGCUUGGCAGGGAGCCAUACGGAGCAUGCUGCACGUCCGACGAAUGUCCGGAGAGGAGGUGGCUGCCGUUCCUGUUGGGAAGUUCGCGACUGUGGGAGGCUUGAAAAGAUUCCUCUUGGACCGCUGCGAGUUGCAUGGGUUCCGAUUGAGGCUGCUCUGUGACGGCAAGAUUUGGGAUGAUGGCCAGCACUUGGAGUCGGCCGGUGAGCUGCAGCUCGUUGUGCAGCGCCCCUUUGUUGAUGCAGAUUUCCAUCAGAGGUACCGAUUCGUGCGAGCUGCGGAAGCAGGCUCUGUUGCAGAGGUUGAGGGGAUGCUGCAGCUGCCUCAAGAUCCGGACGCACGAGCCUUCCUCCAGAAGCCUUUCACUUCUGCCUGGCCUGAGACGCCGCUGGGUGCAGCAGCGGCCAAGGGCCAGGAUGAGGUCGUGCGCUUGCUCUUGUCUGCAGGCGCGAAAGUCAACCUGCGCUCACAUCAAAGCAAGUUUGACCCGAAAGGCAAAACUCCCUUGUUCCAGGCUUCACACAGUGGCCAUUCGGAGGUGGUGCGCCUGCUGCUUGCUGCCCAGGCUGACCAAAACCAGGCAUGUGGCGUAGAAGCAUUGACACCAUUGCACGCAGCGGUCAGAAGCAACCAUCUUGGGGUUGCGCGCCUGCUUCUUGGGGCUGCUGCUGAUACCAACAAGGCUUGUGGUGAGGAAACUCCCCUCAUUGCAGCCAUCUCGCGCAGUCACACAGAGAUGGUGCAACUGCUGUUGGAGAAUGGCGUUGACAAGGAGCAGGUGCUUGACUACGAGACCCCUCUGAGCACUGCAAUCCGCAAGGGCCGCGAGGAGAUUGUCCGUCUCCUUCUGGAGGCCGGAGCCGAUGGAGAGAAGCUAGCUAGGAAGAGGUGUGGCGCUCUCAACGAACGACCUGUGGUCGUGGCCGCCAAGUAUGGCGACAUGCGCAUCGUGCGGCUGCUUUCGCAGCGAGGACGGCAGUGGCUCCCUGGAUCCUUCGGAGGUCCAGCGAGGCUUCCGCCGCCUGGGGGUGAACGUGUCGGAUGCCCUGUUGCAGCAACUCACCGAUGCCAUGGACACGAACGAGAAUGGCAAAGUGGAGUUGAGCGAGCUGGUCAAGGCGCUGAACAAGCCGCAAGGCCCCUGUCGGGUCGGGCUGGGCACAUGCUGCAGGCCUAUCAUAGCUAG